AUCAUUUUCAAAAGCACCCUUCCAUGGCUCCCCAGUGUCCUUGGGAGAAUGCCCAAGCCUGCUCCUUGCUGACCUCUCCAGUUUGAUUUCUCAUUCCUCCUACCUCAGAAGGAAUGGAGCCCUUGCCUUUGUUUCCUGUUUGGCACCCAUUCAUUCCCAGAGGGCCUGCCCUGGGAGCUGGGGACAAAGUGGUGACCCAGAUCAGCCCUGCCCCUGCCCUCUUGAGGCUCACAGUCCAGUGGAGGACACAGAUCCAUCCCUGGACAGCGAUGACCCAGAGUAGGAGUCCUGAGAGGGGGCACCUGACUCAGCUUGGGCAUCCAGGAGGGCUUCCUGGAGGAGAUGGCAUUGGAGCAGUACCUAAAGCCUGAAUGGAACAUGGAAAACAGAUUUGCAUGUAAAAGGACCAGUACAUGCUGAAACCCAGAGGCGCCUGGAGUAAGGAGGAGGAGAACGUGGAUCAGCACUGGUCCCUGCCUGUCAAAAUGCCCAUUCUGAAGAGUCUAGGGGUGGCAGACUCUAAGGUGUCCCGAGCGGGGACACUGCCCCUGAGGUCCUCUCGAAACCCCUUUGAGGAAGUUUCAGGGCUGGAAGAGGAGGCUGAGGAGCUGGGUACCCUGCCCAACGGAGCAUCUUGUCGCCGCCGUGCCACCCUGGAGAAGCUGGCAGGCCUGGCCCCCUUCCGGCUGGGCAGAACCCCUGGCCGGCGGGCGGGCAGCCCCGGGGACGAGCAGCCUCGCUCUUUCCUGGGCCGUGUGCUGACACCUGGGAUACGCAGGAGCUCGGCAGAUUUUGGCCUCCUGGCCAGGCUUCAGGGGAUCCGAGCCCACGGCGAUGAGGAGGCAGCUGGGGAGGCUGCUCGGAGACUGGCCUUCCUGAGACUGGGGCGUGGGCCCAAGCCCCAGCGGGUGUCACUGGCAGAGCGGGUGGUGCCUGCAGGCGAGGCGGCCCCCGAGCCCCCCCCCAAGGUCCCGGAGCCCCCAAAGGUGAAGGAGCCAUUGUCAGUGCUGGAGAUCCUGAGCUUGAUCCAGCAGCGCGAGCUCGCGCGGGCCGACGAGCACAUCUUGGAGCUGGAGGCCGAGGAGCUGUGGAUCGGGGCCGCCGCCCGACGCAGGCUACCCCUGGCCGACCGCUACGCGCUGCUGCACUGGCACAACCAGGUGUACCCCAGAUCCUAA